GACGGACCGACUGCACGCUGCUGGAUCUGGUUCUGAAGGUUCUGCUUGCAGCUGUGGAUCAUGGUGGAACCGACGUCCAAACCUGCCGCCGUUCUGCUGCUCUUUGUUCUGCACGGCUGUUUGGCUGAAAAUGUUUUCCUGGACAGGCAGCUGGCGGCUCAGGUGCUGACCCGAACCCGGCGAGCCAAUCAGGUGCUGUCGUUAUGGGAGGAGUCCAAACCAGGGAACCUGGAGAGGGAGUGCGUGGAGGAGAUCUGUGACCAUGAAGAAGCCAGAGAGGUGUUUGAGCAUAAUGCUAAAACGGAAAAGUUCUGGACCAGGUAUCUGGACUGUGACGGAACCACCAUGCAAAGGACUCAAGAAAAGAUCAAUAUCAUCAGGCAAUGCAUCGAAGGUCAGUGCAUCUCUGGUGGCGGACUGAGCUAUGAAGGAAACAUCAACAUCACCAAAUCAGGCAAAAAAUGUCAGCACUGGAACCGCAGGUUCCCUCAUCCCAUCUUCAGGGAGUAUAAUGCCUCUGAGCCAGACAGCAUCCUGAAGGAGAACUUCUGCAGGAACCCUGACAACCGGCCAGAAGGACCGUGGUGUUUCACCACAGACCCAACCGUCCAGAAAGAGUCCUGCAUAGUACCUAAAUGUGGCGAGAUAUUUGUCCCGACGACCGAAGCACCAGAACCAGUCAGAGCCAUGGGGUGUUUACCAAAUAACGGCAUCGACUACAUCGGGGACCUCAGUGUGACAUUGGGGGGCCACACAUGCCUCCCAUGGUCAUCCCCAGAGGCCGUGGCCCGCAGCAGAGACAAGGAGUUCAUCCCAGAGGUGGAGCUGCAGGGGAACAGGUGCAGAAACCCCGACAAUGACCCAGAGGGACCCUGGUGUUACGUUGAGGUUUCAGGAAACAUCACCGUUGACUACUGUGACCUGGAGUUGUGCGACGAUCCCCUGAUUGGUGGAGAGGAGAUAAUGGACGAUAAGGGAGCAGAGCGAACCGUCCUGGGCCCUGAAAAGAAACUCUUCUUCAGCCCAAGCACCUUCGGUGAAGGAGAGAGCGUCUGUGGGCUCCGCCCCUUGUUUGAGCAGAAGAGCCAAGAGGACAAGAACGAGAAGGAGCUUCUGGAGACCUACAAGGAGCAACGGAUCGUUGGGGGAAACGACGCCGAGGUGGCCUCAGCACCAUGGCAGGUGAUGCUGUACAAGCGCAGCCCUCAGGAGCUGCUGUGUGGAGCCAGUCUGAUCAGCAACCAGUGGAUCCUGACUGCUGCCCACUGCAUCCUCUACCCGCCCUGGAACAAGAACUUCACCACCAGAGACAUCCUGGUCCGACUGGGGAAGCACAACAGAGCAAAGUUUGAGCGAGGAAUCGAGAAGAUCGUGUCCAUCGAUGAAAUCAUUGUCCAUCCCAAGUACAACUGGAAGGAGAACCUGAACCGGGACAUCGCAUUGCUGCACCUGAUGCGACCCAUCACCUUCUCCGAUGAGAUCCAUCCCAUCUGCCUGCCCAGCAAGGAGGUGGCCAGAGCAUUAAUGAGUGCAGGAUACAAAGGCAGAGUGACCGGAUGGGGGAACCUGCAGGAGACCUGGAACCCAGCAGCCAGGAACCUCCCUGCAGUCCUCCAGCAGAUCCACCUCCCCAUAGUGGACCAGGACACCUGCCGCAAGUCAACGGCCAUCAGGAUCACCAACAACAUGUUCUGUGCAGGUUACAGCCCAGAGGAGAGCCAACGGGGGGACGCCUGCGAGGGGGACAGCGGAGGACCGUUUGUGAUGAAGUACCCGGCAGAGAACCGCUGGUACCAGAUCGGCAUCGUGUCCUGGGGCGAGGGCUGCGACCGGGACGGGAAGUACGGCUUCUACACCCACCUGUUCAGGAUGGGCCGCUGGAUGAGGAAGGUCAUCGAGAGGACGGGGGGAGACGACGACUAG